CUCUGAUCUUGCCGGGGCCUGCCUAGCAGUGAGCCCAGUGCAUACCAGCUUGCAAGGUGCUCCGAGCUCUUCCGAUCCGGAUUUUUAUACGCGUAGAAUCUGAGACCGGAAUUCUCGCGUCUCUCCGGGUCGGCGAUUGCAGAGAUCCUGCGGCCAUGAGUGUGGGUUUCAUCGGUGCGGGCCAGCUGACCUGUGCGCUGGCGCGGGGCUUCACGGCCGCAGGCGUCCUGUCGGCUCACAAGAUAAUAGCCAGCUCCCCAGAAAUGGACCUGCCCACGGUGUCUGCGCUCAGGAAGAUGGGCGUGAAUCUGACCCGAAGCAAUAAGGACACUGUGCGGCACAGUGAUGUUCUGUUCCUGGCUGUGAAGCCCCACAUCAUCCCCUUCAUCCUGGAUGAGAUUGGGGCCGACGUGCAAGAGAGGCACAUCGUGGUCUCCUGUGCAGCUGGUGUCACCAUCAGUUCUGUGGAGAAGAAGCUGAUGGCGUUCCAGCCGGCCCCCAAAGUAAUCCGCUGCAUGACCAACACCCCCGUGGUGGUCCGAGAGGGGGCCACGGUGUACGCUACAGGCACCCAUGCUCUGGUGGAAGAUGGGAAGCUCCUGGAGCAGCUGAUGAGCAGCGUGGGCUUCUGCACGGAGGUGGAGGAGGACCUCAUCGACGCCAUCACGGGGCUCAGUGGCAGUGGGCCUGCCUAUGCAUUUAUGGCUCUGGAUGCCCUAGCAGAUGGUGGCGUGAAGAUGGGCGUGCCUCGGCGUCUGGCAGUCCGGCUGGGAGCUCAGGCCUUGCUGGGAGCAGCUAAGAUGCUGCUAGACUCAGAGGACCAUCCAGGCCAGCUUAAGGACAACGUCUGCUCCCCUGGGGGGGCCACGAUCCAUGCCCUACACUUCCUAGAGAGUGGGGGCUUCCGCUCUCUGCUCAUCAAUGCAGUUGAGGCCUCCUGUAUCCGAACAAGAGAGCUGCAGUCCAUGGCUGAUCAAGAAAAGGUCUCCCCUGCUGCUCUUAAGAAGACCCUCCUGGACAGAGUGAAGCUGGAGUCACCCACGGUGUCCACCCUGGCCCUGCCCGGCUCAGGGAAGCUCCUCACGAGAAGCCCCGCCCAGGGAAGCAAGAAGGACUGAGGGGUACCCUGGGGUGUCCCUGUCCCCAGCAGUGCAGGGAGGUGCAGGUCUGGGGGUGAAAGCUGCUUGGAUCUGUUCACUUGAUGGCACCGAGUUCUCUCGUCCCAUAGCAGCAGGUGCUCUGAAGAGGCAGCUAAUCCAGAAGCCAGGUCGUCCUGCGCCUCUCUGAGAGAGGUGGGAGGCCCUGCGUUAACAUCACUGUCAGCAGAUGUCUGUGGAAAGAGUUAGUUAGAUCCCAACGGUGUUUCCUUUGACCUCAAGAGGUGAGAAGAAGAGAAGGAAGGCCAACCUCUGAAUUAAGCAUAUGUAGAAGAAGCAAGUGGCUUAGUGUUGCAGUUGGAAAUGUGCGGAACCCCAUGAUGCUUUUGCUUAGCUCUGGCUUCACAGCUGUCCCAUUAGAAGGUGAAGUUCAUUCCUGGUUCUUACAGCUUUAAUAAAGAUUUUAUUUAUUUUUGAGAUAGA